UUCCUGCCUGAACAGAGGAGGGGCUGCAGAGAGUCGGAGGAGGCUGGGUGUGAGUCCGGGUUGGCCCCAGCUGACUGGGAGCAGAGGUGCGGGUUCCAGUCUCAGGACCUAGAGCUGGUGUGGAGGAAGCUGGUGUGGAAAGCUGGCCCGGCCCAGCUCCAUCCUCCCCACCCCCGGGGCCUGGCCUCAGGAAGCUUCCAGAGCUCUCCUCCCAGUGUCCACAGCCUCCAGCCACGUCUGGACAUAGCCACAGGCAGCAGAGGUGGAAGAGGGGCUCCCUGUGCCUCCUGCUCCCAUAUUCACCUGGAAAACUCUGAAAAACCGCCAGAAACUAUGCCCCAGACGUCCGUCGUCUUCUCCAGCAUACUUGGGCCCAGCUGUAGUGGACAGGUGCUGCCCGGCAUGGGGGAGCGAGGAAGUGGGGCCAGCAGCUCCGGGGACCUCGUCUUCCAAGAGGGACGCCUCAUCUCUGGGUCCCUAGAAGCUUUGAUGGAGCACCUGGUCCCCACAGUGGACUAUUACCCGGAUAGGACAUACAUCUUUACAUUUCUCUUGAGCUCCCGGGUCUUCAUCCCCCCUCAUGACCUGCUGGCCCGCGUGGGACAGAUCUGCUUGGAGCAGAGGCAGCAGCUGGAGACCGGGUCUGAGAAGGCCAAGCUGAAGUCCUUCUCAGCCAAGAUUGUGCAGCUGUUAAAGGAGUGGACAGAAGCCUUCCCCUACGACUUCCAGGAUGAGAAGGCCAUGGCUGAACUGAAGGCCAUUACCCACCGGGUCACGCAGUGUGAUGAGGAGAAUGGCACAGUGAAGAAGGCCAUUGCCCAAAUGACACAGAGCCUGCUGCUGUCGCUGGCUGCCCGGAGCCAGCUUCAGGAGCUGCGGGACAAGCUUCGCUCACCGGCGAUGGACAAAGGGUCUGUCCUCAAGACUAAGCCGCCAGCCACUCAGAAGGACAUCCUGGGCGUGUGCUGUGACCCCCUGGUGCUGGCCCAGCAGCUGACUCAUAUCGAGCUGGAGAGGGUCAGCAGCAUUCACCCUGAGGACCUGAUGCAGAUCGUCAGUCACAUGGACUCUCGGGACAAGCACCGGUGCCGAGGGGACCUGACCAAGACCUAUAGCCUGGAGGCCUAUGACAACUGGUUCAACUGCCUUAGCAUGCUAGUGGCCACCGAGGUGUGCCGGGUGGUGAAGAAGAAGCACCGGACCCGCAUGCUAGAGUUCUUUAUUGAUGUGGCCCGGGAAUGCUUCAACAUCGGGAAUUUCAACUCCAUGAUGGCCAUCAUCUCUGGCAUGAACCUCAGUCCUGUGGCGAGGCUGAAGAAAACGUGGUCCAAAGUGAAGACGGCCAAGUUUGACGUCUUGGAGCACCACAUGGACCCAUCCAGCAACUUCUGCAACUACCGCACUGCCCUGCAGGGGGCCACUCAAAGGUCCCAGAUGGCCAACAGCAGCAGAGAGAAGAUUGUUAUCCCUGUAUUCAACCUUUUCGUUAAGGACAUUUACUUCCUGCACAAAAUCCAUACCAAUCACUUGCCCAACGGGCAUGUUAACUUUAAGAAAUUUUGGGAAAUCUCCAGACAGAUCCAUGAGUUCAUGACAUGGACUCAGGUAGAGUGUCCCUUCGAGAAGGACAAGAAGAUUCAGAACUACCUGCUCACGGCACCCAUCUACAGCGAGGAAGCUCUCUUCAUCGCCUCCUUUGAAAGUGAAGGUCCUGAAAACCACAUGGAGAAGGAUAGCUGGAAGACUCUCAGGACGACUCUCCUUAACAGAGCCUGAAGGCACGGAUGCAGCCUGCAGACGCUGGACGAAGCACACACAUGCACUGAGUUUUAAUCUUGAUUGAUAAGGGUUGAGAUGAGGAGGCCUCACUGGUUGGGGUCCAUUUUGUAUAUAACUUUUAUGAGAAAAAAAAAAAAAGUAAUUAUUUCAUGCAUCAACCUUUGGCACUUACAAAAGUUUUUUUGUUUGUUUAUUUUAAAUAACAGGGCAGGGCCCUGCUUCGGGGAGGGUGGGGAAAGAGUAUCAUGGGAGAUGGCAUCCAUGAUAACAUCUUAUUCUAAUGAAAUGUAGAUUUUUAUUUUCUACUUUUGAUUAUUAACAUCUUACGAAAAAAUAUUAAAAAAAAAAAAACAACCCAACCAAAACCAAUGUGAGCCCUGCCUGCUUGGACGCCCUUCCAGCCAGUGUCUCUGAUGUCGGGGUUAGUGCCUUAGAGAGUACUGGAGGGCCGGUCUCCCACUCUAUUCUUUUAGCCCUCAGCCAGCCAGUGCCAGGGAAAUGCCAGGAAAGCUCUGCCCUGGGCCACAAAGUACCUGCCCUCAAAACCUAGGCCAGAGAGGUUCUAGCAAGAAGGGCUUGGCUGGCCAGGGGGCCUCAUUUGCAUACUUCUAGAAGCAAACCCUGAGUACAGGCUUUCCAAAGUUUACAUUUUCAUUUUCCUUUAUCAGGGAUUUAGGGGGUCGGGGAGGGGCAGGGGGAUACCUGGCAGCAUAUUGCCAUUGGACUAUGUCUGGCAAAUUGUUCUUCAACUACAUUUUAGGAAAAGAGAAAAUCUAAAAUAAAUGUAAGGGGGGAGGGUGUGGUGGAAUUGUCUGUUUCCCAGGCUAUAACAGAAAGGUACACUGAGCUGUAAUGACGAGAGUACAAAGUGGACUUGAGGAUAGGGACAUUUAAAGCAGUUCCUGAAACUCCAGUACAAAAUGAAAAGAAGCAACUUACAAAGCGGUAUUCUAGCAGACUGCCUCCUCCUUCCCUCUGGGUGGGGGGCUCCCUUAAGGGAAUCUGAAACAGAAUAUUAGCCAGACCAGACUGCUGGAGCCCACUCACAGAAAACUACCCAGCAUUUGGAGGUAUUUUCCAGACCCAAACUUGAGUACACUCCAUUUUCUGUCUUUCUGGCUGUGGGAGGGCAAGUCCUGAUCCCUCAAAAGCCAGAGGUGGGCCAUCUGCUCUGACUCUCUCUCCCUCACAGCAGGGCUUUCAUUCCGCACAAGCAGAUUCAGAACUACUCACCCUUGUUUCUCUCCGUAUGCCUGGCUUCCCAGGAGCCUGCAGCCGAGAUGCCCAAGUGAGGAUGGGUCAGUUAGUUGCUAAGUCCCAAAGCUCCUAGGAGAGCCUGGAGAUGUGGAGGUGAGGCCUCAGGAAGGGGUGGCUCCCCAAUCCAAUAUGGACAUCGCCGUCAGCCCUGGGUGGAACAAGAUUAUUUACACUGUAUUGUCACAGUGUUUUUGCACUUUUCAGAUGUUCUAGAUAGUACAUAUUGUAUCUUGGUAGUACAUAUUGCUUUGUUUAUGUAUUUGAGAUACAGAAAGGCUAAAAACUUGAGAAUAUAUAUUUGGAAUACAACGUUAGAACACUUUGUCUUGCGAGUUAAGGAGCUUUCAUGUCAGUGUGCACUCCACGGGGUCAUCAGUCCUAGUACCUACCUGAUACAGUGUCUAUGUUUGCUACUUUAUUUUCCCAAUUUGAUACACACCUUACGAUGUUUUGGUAUUUUGAGAUGAACUCUGAGUACAAAGCUGUACCGUAACACAGGAUGUCAGUUGUUGGUGUGACUGGACGUACUUGCAUCAAUAAAAGAACAUGUUGCUCCCCUUGCA